GACGAGGCAAGGGCAAGGGCAAGCUGGCGAGCGACCCGAAGUGAGACCGAGGAGGGCCAUAGGGACUACCGCUUCCGCUUAUUUCUUAUUUCAGAUUUUAGCAUUUGAGUUUGAGUACUUUUUAUUUUUCACUAUCUUUUAUGUAGAUAGGGCCCGAGUAGGAUUUCAGAACGUUUUUACAUUUUUGCAUGACUACCUUGUUUAUGUUUUUAUAAAUGAAUUUCUUGAACCGUAUGCUUUUAAUAAAAUUUUUAGACUUAAACCACUUGUUCUAUAUUUAGUAAUGACUUCGAUUCAGCAUAAGGAGUUGGGUCGUUACAGUUGGUAUCAGAGCACAGUGUUUUAGGUUCUGUAGACUGACCUACGAUGUAAGUCAUUUUUGUUUGGUUUUACUUCACCCUAUGGCUAUACGGUCCUUCGGCACUCGCCAGGUAUGUCUAAAGCCUUGCUAAUGUUAAGAUUACAAUUUUGCCUGAAUAGUCUAAGACCUAGAUAUAGGGUGUUAAGUUCUUGUGGUGAAAAGUUUGUUGGUGAAUUUUAGGGAGAAUGCCGCCACGUAGAGGUACACGCCGAGGAGGUGGUAGGGGAGGCAGAGGAGCCGGUCGUGGCCAGCCGGAGGCGCCACCUGUUGCACCGGCAGUCGACCCAAACGCACCGGUCACCCAGGCGGAUCUCGCCGCAAUGGAGCAGCGUUAUCAGGACAUGCUGCAAGCUGCUUUGGCGCCUUUCCUUGCCGCCCAGCAGAACCAGGCCGCCCCUGUUCAGGCCGAGGCCGCCCCUGCUCAGGCCCAGGCCGCCCCUGUUCAGGCUCAGGCCGUCGCUCCUCCAGCCCCUGAGGAAGCUCAACCAGUACCAGUUCAACUGUCGGCCGAGGCGAAACACUUACGGGAUUUCAGGAAGUAUAAUCCCAAGACCUUUGACGGAUCCAUGGACAACCCCACAAAGGCCCAAAUGUGGUUGACGUCCAUAGAGACCAUUUUCCGGUACAUGAAGUGCCCAGAAGACCAGAAGGUGCAGUGUGCAGUCUUCUUCUUGGAGGACAGGGGCACCGCCUGGUGGGAGACCGCGGAGAGAAUGCUAGGGGGCGAUGUAAGCAAAAUAACAUGGGAGCAGUUCAAGGAGAACUUCUAUGCUAAGUUUUUCUCCGCCAAUGUGAAGCACGCCAAGCUGCAAGAGUUCCUAAACUUGGAGCAAGGCGACAUGACGGUGGAGCAGUACGACGCCGAGUUCGAUAUGCUGUCCCGCUUUGCUCCCGAUAUGGUAAGAGAUGAGGCUGCCAGGACGGAGAAAUUUGUUAGAGGACUCAGGCUAGACCUUCAGGGCAUUGUCAGAGCCCUCCGCCCAGCCACGCAUGCUGAUGCACUACGUAUAGCACUGGAUUUGAGCCUGCCUGAGAGAGCCGAUGCGUCUAAGGCUGCCGGCAGAGGGUCAGCCUUGGGACAGAAGAGAAAGGUUGAGACGCAGCCUGACGUAGCACCGCAGCGAACACUGAGGUCAGGAGGUGUCUUCCAGAGACACCGACGGGAGCUUGCAGCAGCCGGGAGGACUCUGAGAGAGCUACCCGCUUGUACUACCUGCGGGAGAGUCCACGGAGGUCGUUGCUUGGCUGGAAGUGGAGUCUGCUUUAGGUGCAGACAGCCGGGGCACACUGCUGAUAUGUGUCCUCGGAAACCCUUUGAGACGACACCGCCCCAGCCUUCUGCGGCCCAGCAGGGGAGAGUUUUCGCCACUACCCGGCAGGAGGCCGAGCGAGCUGGCACUGUGGUGACAGGUACGCUCCCAAUUUUGGGGCACUAUGCUUUUGUGCUAUUUGACUCUGGGUCAUCCCACUCGUUUAUAUCCUCCGUUUUCGUUCAGCAUGUGGGUUUAGAGGUAGAGCCUUUGGGUAGUGUUUUGUCGGUUUCUACUCCAUCUGGGGAGGUCCUGUUAUCCAAAGAACAAAUAAAGGCAUGUCGGGUAGAGAUAGCGAAUCGUAUGUUAGACGUGACCUUGCUAGUGUUAGACAUGCAGGAUUUUGAUGUGAUACUAGGCAUGGAUUGGCUAUCAGCCAACCAUGCAAAUAUAGACUGUUAUGGCAAGGAAGUUGUCUUCAACCCUCCCUCCGAGGCUAGCUUCAAAUUCAGGGGGGCAGGCAUGGUAUGUAUACCCAAGGUCAUCUCAGCCAUGAAGGCUAGUAAACUACUCAGCCAGGGUACUUGGGGUAUUUUGGCAAGCGUAGUGGAUGUGAGAGAGCCGGAAGUUUCCCUAUCUUCCGAACCAGUGGUAAGAGAGUACCCCGAUGUUUUUCCAGACGAACUUCCAGGACUUCCGCCUCCCAGAGAAGUAGACUUCGCUAUCGAGUUAGAGCCGGGCACUGCCCCAAUCUCGAGGGCCCCUUACAGAAUGGCUCCAGCCGAACUAAAGGAGUUGAAGGUCCAGUUACAGGAGUUGCUGGACAAAGGCUUCAUCCGGCCCAGUGUGUCGCCUUGGGGAGCCCCAGUAUUGUUCGUGAAGAAGAAGGAUGGGUCAAUGCGCCUUUGUAUUGACUACCGAGAGCUGAACAAGGUGACAGUCAAAAACCGCUACCCCUUGCCCAGGAUUGAUGACCUGUUCGAUCAGUUGCAGGGAGCCACCGUCUUCUCCAAGAUCGACCUGCGAUCAGGCUAUCACCAGUUGAGGAUUAGGGACGGUGACAUCCCCAAGACGGCCUUUCGAUCGAGGUACGGACAUUACGAAUUCGUUGUGAUGUCUUUCGGCUUGACUAACGCUCCUGCAGUAUUCAUGGAUCUGAUGAACAGGGUGUUUAAGGAGUUUCUAGACUCGUUCGUCAUAGUCUUCAUUGACGACAUCCUCAUUUACUCAAAAACUGAGGCUGAGCACGAGGAGCACUUACACCAAGUUUUGGAGACCCUUCGAGCCAACAAGUUGUAUGCCAAGUUCUCCAAGUGUGAAUUCUGGUUAAGGAAGGUGACGUUUCUUGGCCACGUGGUUUCCAGUGAGGGAGUUUCAGUAGAUCCCGCAAAGAUUGAAGCGGUGACCAACUGGACCCGACCGUCCACAUUGAAUUCUGGGUUUGAGAACAAUCAAGAUACUUGCAAUUGUGCUGGACCGUUUGAGGAGAGAAUUGGAUACAGGGCAAUUUUUGUUUGA